AUGAAUGACAUCAAUUUCGAGCAACGGUGUGCUAUCAGGUUUUGCUUCAGACUUGGGCACAGUGCAACGGAAACUCUUCUUAAACUUCAGCAGGCUUACGGAGAUAGUGUUUUGUCAAGAGACCAGGUUUUUCGGUGGUUUAAGGCAUUUUCAGAAGGAAGAGAGUCGAUUGAGGAUGAACCACGAAGCGGAAGGCCUUCAUCUUCAAGAACCGAUGAAAAUGUCGACAGAAUCCGGGAUCUUGUGCGUUCAGAUCGUCGGUUGACAGUCAGAAUGAUCGGGGAAGAGUUAAAUUUGACUCACACCAUUGUUCAUCAAAUUUCUACCAAUGAAUUGGGGAUGAGAAAAAUCUGA